AUAGACGCUCAAUGCACUCAUGACACUUUAAACACUUGGACAACUUGUUUCGUAACUCUCAGUGAAGUUUUUUUCGGCGUCAGCCUAAAGUGUCAUUUGGAUGUGUUUUAUGCCAUUGUGAUCCGGGUUGUUGCUGUCGUCUGCGGUCCUUCAUAACGGAGAACUUUUGCCUUGAGGAAUAUUUACUGACAAAAUUCCAGCCAUGCUCAGGUGUGACCCAAUAAAGCCAGACAUGUCAUUUUACCCGACUUACCUGAUUAAACCUACACCUGAGGCAUUUGAAGUCGUAAUGCCAUCUUCUAUGGUCCCUACUUCCACAGCUCAACUAUACUCUCCUUACUACCCCCAAGCACAUUACACCUACGUGAGCCCCCCUCACACACACCCUCAGUCCCAGGAUUUCCAUCAGUCCCAGACUGAACCUGUCGACUUGACCACCAAAAGAUCCUCCGUUUCGUCGCCUUCCUCAUCUCUGGCAUCAUCAUCACCCAGAGCCACUCCCCCAUCCCCUUUUGAUUACUCCAGUCCUGUGUCACGUCCUCGCCCUGGCUCCAGCAACGGCUCUGUAACAGGAAGCACUCAGACAAGGCAGCUGACCCCACCACUGGCCCUUCCCAUUGCUCCGGUUUUAACACCUAUUGUACCAGUAUUUUCUAUGCUGCAGCCGUUAUCUGUGCUCUACCCUUCUGCCCUACACCUGUCUCCCUCCAUCAUGAUAUCACCUGUCACACCUGAGGAUCCUACUAACCACAAACAGUUCCCUAUAAUGCAGUCAGAGAAUCCUCCAGACAACCAUGAGCUCCUCAAGCCAAUCAAAUCUGAUCCCUACCCUGAACACGCUCAGGAUUCCCACAGCCAGGAAAUAACCUCACCUGUCAUUACUGUCCCACCGAGUUAUGAGGAAAACACACACUCUGUGAUUGUACGUCGAAAGGUAGAGUCUCCAGAUCCACUGAAGAAGCGUCGAAUUCAUCGCUGUGACUUCAAUGGCUGCAAUAAAGUCUAUACCAAAAGCUCCCACCUGAAAGCUCACAGACGCACACAUACAGGAGAGAAGCCUUACAAGUGCAUGUGGGAAGGCUGUACGUGGAAGUUCGCCCGCUCUGAUGAGCUGACCCGUCACUUUCGGAAGCACACGGGUAUAAAGCCAUUCCAGUGCCCUGACUGUGAUCGCACCUUCUCCCGCUCCGAUCACCUGGCCUUGCACAAGAAGCGCCACCUGCUGAUGUGAACUCAAUACUGCAACGUGACCGGAGCAGAAAUUGCACCUUUGAUUAAUCCAUUGCUCAACAGGAGCUUCAUCUUCAGUGAUGUUAUGGGCCGUUUUGUGUUUCCUGUCCCCUUUCUGUUCAGGAAACGGAGUGGAGUUGAUGGAUAUUAUGAUGGCUAGCUCGUACUUCAUGAAAACAGUUUUUGUCCAAGUGGAUUUCGUCACCAUUACUAUGGAUUCGGACAAACGUUGAUAGUGCUGUGGAAAGACCCUUUUAUAGGCAAAAUUGAAUGCCAUUCAAAUUCAUGACAAUAGGCACCUUUAAGUAUUUUCUUGAUACCAAGCACUCUCUCUCUCUCCCUUCUCUUCCGUCUCUCUUUUCAGGUCUCUCUACCAUUCUGUUUUACCCCUCUGCUGGUCAGAGGGCUCAUUGUGCCAGUUACAGCACUACACAAACAAGCAAAAUACAUUUACAGUAUAUCAGUAGCUAGUCACACACAUAUACCAACACACACACAGUUUCACACUUUAAAUGUUGUUUUAAGAUGCAACUCGGGUCAAACCUGCAGAAUGUGAAUUUUUCUCUUUUUUUAUAUUAUUCAGAAAAAUGAAUGUGUAUACACAGGUCCUGUAUAUGUAUUCAGCAUGUGUGUUUCAUGUUUCAGUGUAAGGACCGAGGCUGAUUGUCUUACGCCUUCAUAUGUUUCCUGAGAUCGUUUGGUUGGGUCAGUUAAGGCCCGUUCACACCAAGAACCCACGAUAACAUGCUGUUUAUUAUAAGCACGCGCUGCAGUUUUGUCAUCUGCCACUUUAAAUGCUCAAGCCCUUUAAAGCAGAAUGGAUUCUGUUUGGCUGCCAAUGCUUUCAUCAUUCAGAUGCUGGAAGAAAUCAUGGUGAAAACGAUUCCAACGAUAUGGCUCCUCUGUGUCGUUAUCGUUAUAGUUGUGGACUCUGCUAUUCUUAUACAUUUAGAACUAUUUUUAAAAAACUAUAUUGUUAUAGUUAUCGUCCUUGGUGUGAAUGAGCCUUAAGGAGUUCAGUUUUGACAAAACGUUUUUGGUUCCAAAAGUAGCUUCCGAGCAACUGACCUAUUAUUUACUUAGUGAAACAUUGGCAUGUUUUAUUAAUUGUAAUCAUGAAUUAAUAGUGUAGUUUAUUACCGUAAGUACUAUGUACUGUGUAAGUUCUUGCAACUAUGCACAUGCACAAUUUACGAUUUAGUAAUGAAAUUAUAAUUAUGAUUUUACCCUACAUACCUGUUAAAAAUACAAGUAGAAAAUAAGUUCAAAAUAAUGGCGUCUUAAAGCAAUAGGCAGGUCUGAAAAUUGAACGCUUGGUCAUCCAACACAUACAUGUUAGUUGCAAGGACUUAUAGCAAGCUUUAUUUUGCUUAAUCUCACCAUUAUUCAUAUUUGAAUAAUUUCUGUAAUCAUGAAUAUUCAUAUAAUCCUAAAUAUUUUGUUGUGUCUUGUUGUAUUUUAUCAAAUCCAGUGUCCGAGGCUCAAAAGGGUAAACUAUUAUUUCACUGAGGGAUGUUUAGGUGGAGAAAUGUGAUAAAUGUGAACCAUUCAAUAAGGGGCAUUAUUUUAUUAGAGUGUGUUCAUCUAGGUUAUGGGUAACAUUGUCUUACUGCUAACACUUUGUUUGUGAGAUAUUUGUUAAACACGUGAGAUAGUCAUGGAUAUAUGCUGGGACGAGUGUACUUUUUGUUUUUCUGUUUGUAGGUUUUGCAAAUAAUUUUUACGUGAGCAGAUGUUUGUUAAGGGCAAUCUGUAAACGGAAACAGUGCACUUUAAAAAUAGAUUUGAAAUGGCAAAUAUCUGUAAAUGGGGGUCCAUGAAUGGCUUUGAGCUUUGUGCUGUACAUUAUCUCCGUUUUUUUUUUUUUUUGUCUUUCUUAGUUUAACAGUUUGUAACAGACCCGUUCCUGUUUUUCUCUUCACAACUGAAGGACAAUUUUGAAGGAGGAAAAGAACAAGGGGGAGCUUACAUAAGAAAGUAAAAUAGUCCUUUAUGAAACGAUUGAUAUGAGUCAAAGAAAGAAUUACAGAGAAAAAGGAUGAAGCAUAUGUUUCUUGGUCUAAUGUAUAAACCUACACAUCACAGGAAUGAACUAAUCAGAUAGGAUAAUGGAG